AUGUGGGUAUCUAGGAUUUUUCUGGUGUCACUUGUGAAUGAUUUGCGUGACGACUAUGAUAACCACCUCUAUACGUCCCUCUCUUCUUUCUCUCUUUGGAUCAAUAACUCCGUAGCCGUACACAUAAUAAUCAGUUUCUUUAUUUUGUCUCUUUCUCUUUUUUGUCUCUCUCUCUCUCUCUUUCUCUCUCUCUUCGUCUGUUCAUAUCUACGAGAGUGGAUCAAUAAUUCCAUAGCCGUACACAUAAUAAUCAGUAUUUUUCCCUGGCUUUCUUUCUCUCUCUCUCUCUCUCUCUCUCUCUUUCUUCUCUCUCUCUCUUUCUUUUCGUCUCGGUACGUUCACAUACUUGUAAAAUCUGCAAUACCUAAUCUAUCUAUCUAUCUAUCUAUCUAUCUAUCUAUCUAUCUUACUUUUGCUAAGCCAAAUAGUCUCUUUCUGUCUCUCAAUCAUUUAUGA